GUGAAAACAGCGCAAUAACAAAAAGACAUUUUGGUGAAAUUGCCCGUCCCGGGUGUCGAAUCAGAGAGCUUCUGCUCCAAGGAUUCCCCAUGUAUUUCAAUGGAGGCAAUUAUCCUGGAAAUCCUGGAAUUCUUGAAAAGUGCAAGGAUUUGAAGCACCAAAGGUCAUAGCUGGAAAAAAGUGAAAGAGCCGAACAUUUUAAUAGUUGAAUGGUUAAAAUAGCUGAAAAAUGUAGGAGUUAAGCACCAAAAAAUGAUGGAAGAUACUAUAAAGAAAGAGAAACAGGAAAACAAUGGGUGGAAAGCUUUAUAGCACUGAACCCAUUAGACCAUAAUAACUUUGAGAAAAAUGGACUUUUGACACAUGGAGGUAAAGGGGAACUACUUCAUCCUGCAACCUUCAUCCUUUGCUAAAACUGCAACGUUCGGUGUUGCCGAGUUUGUGUUAAAUUCUGGGAGUCAAACCUUUUUUUCAUUUCUGCAGACAUGAAAUUUCUUCAUCUUCAUGACAGAGAUGCUGAAACCGAGAAGCAGCGGGACGAAGGCAGAGAUAUUCACAGCAACACAAGCAGAUGAAACAAACACAGACAAAAGAGGCGGACUCUUUCACUUCUAUGUGCUUCUUUCAAACAGAAGAAUCUCUGCAGGUCAGUCUGUCACGUGCACGCGUUUGCCUAUCACUAACGUGCACACACAUUGAUUAGCUGGCUGGUUUUGAGCAGCUGAGCCCCGAAGGUCAGAGGAGAGGCCUUUCUCCUGACUUUCCGCUUCUUCAGAUGCAGCUGCAUCUCUGCUGUCUCCCCAAACCGCACCUUACCAGCAGGGGGCGCCGUUUCAGAGCACACUUCACCUUCCCAACCGAGAAGUUUAGCGCAUCGUUUGACGCGUCCCAUUGAAGAAAGUCUUCGGUUGGCCAACAGAGAACCGGUGUUUCUAUGAGCCGUCACUCCUCUGGAAGAAAGGAAGCGUCUUCAAGGGGGGGCACUUACAUUUCCGAUGUCAGAGGGGCCUUACUGCCCCUGACCCCUCGCUUUCAGAGCCCUGAACCUCUGCAGGUGAAGACCCUCCCCCCCCCUUACCCUCCCUUUGACAUCAACUUCUCUCCUUCUCUUGUCUCCCCUUUUCUUUCUCUUUCUUUCAUUCGUCACUCAAAAAUCCUUCUUUCCUUCCUCGUCCCUUUGUCCAGGUGUUUCUCUUCCUCCGCUAAGUCUGCUUCCUUCCUUCUGGUCCUUUUCUUCCAGUUUUCUUUUCAUUUUGCCUUCAUCUCAUUUCUUUUUCGGUCUCCUCAUCGCUUUUGUUUUUUUUUGCCUCUUCUGGUUCCUGCCUCACCGCUCUCUCUCCAGCUCUUCUCCUCUUCCUCCCACACUCUCUCCUGUCUUCUGCUCCUCUCGCUGCUGCCUCCAUUCUACCACUCCCCCCUCAUUUGCAACCCUCUUCCUCACCUAAUACCCCCUGAUUUCUUCAUCUCCUUCAAAGUUUCCCCCCUCUUUCUCUCCCCUCCUUCCUGGUCUCUCCCUCUUUCUGUCCUCUCUCUCCUCAUUUCUCCACCUCCCUGUUUUGAGCGGCAGUCGGUGAGCCGACGAGGCAGCAGGAGUCUCAUUCAGCUCGGCAUCAAACCUCUGCGCUCCUUCCUGGGCGCAGCAACAGGGGGGUUUCCAGCAUCUCCUCAUCCCCCGGACUGAAGCGCAUCUUUGAGGAUGAAGAUCCUUUACUCCAGAGUGCGCGCCCCCCCAGCAACCCUCCUUCAGGAGAAGCUCUGACCGGCCACUGCGAGUUGAAGUGUCUGGAAGCCCUCCCUGUCAGGAGCUGCAGGAUAUUAUUGGAUGUGUUUAGGAUUCAGUAACUUUUCUUGCUUCUCUGGUGUGGAACCUGCAGGAUGCUGAUGACAGCCACUGACCCCCCCCAGUCCUGAAACCAGGAUGGACUUCUGGGAUCCGUCCCAUUCUGUGACGGACACUUUUCCCGCCAGUCUACCGCCAAACUGUUCUCUGGAAAAUGUCAGCCAGACGUCCUCCUCCUCCUCUCCCAGACCCGCCCCUCUGCCUCCGCACUCGCAGGUGGCGUCGGCGUUCAUCAUGCUGGUGGUGGGGGUCAUCAUCCUGGGUACGGUGGUGGGGAAUGUGCUGGUGGUGGUGGCGGUGUUCACCAGCAGGGCCCUCAGGGCCCCCCAGAACCUUUUCCUGGUGUCCCUGGCUUCGGCUGACAUCCUGGUGGCGACGCUGGUCAUCCCCUUCUCCCUGGCCAACGAGGUUAUGGGCUACUGGUACUUUGGCUCCACCUGGUGCUCCUUCUACCUGGCUCUGGACGUCCUGUUUUGCACUUCUUCCAUUGUCCACCUUUGCGCCAUCAGUCUGGACAGGUACUGGUCUGUUACUAAAGCUGUGAGCUACAACCGCAAACGGACGCCUAAGCGGAUCAAAGUGAUGAUCAGCGUCGUGUGGCUCAUCUCCAUCAUCAUCUCGUCCCCACCCCUCCUCAUGUCUCAGGCGGAGAACAGGGUGGAGGAGAGGAAUGGGAAUGAGACGCGUAAGCAGGAGUGUCUCAUCAACAAUCAGACGUGGUACAUCCUGGCCUCCUGCAUGGUGUCCUUCUUCGCUCCUGGAGUCAUCAUGAUCCUCGUUUACUGUAAGAUCUAUCGAGUUGCCAAGCAGCGAGCCUCCACCGUCUUUGUGGCGAAGAACAUGAUGGAGAGGCAGCCAUCGCAGUCUGAGACCUGCUUUGUAGGCGAGGCUCUGGCCGACCAAAGACACGGCCAGUACGAGCUGGACAGCCCGCUGCCCGGCUGCCACCGCAGCUCCUCCGGAAGAGACCAGAGGGGAGAGCUGGACGAUAUCGACCUGGAGGAGAAGCGGCAUGACACCAAACGGUCCCUGCGCCUCCCCCGGAGGGUGAAAACCCAGCAGGGGAGAGACUCAGAGGAGACACUGAAUAGGUUAAAGCCCCCUCCUCCCUCUUCCUGUACCUCCAGCUCCUGGACCUCCUCAGAUCAGUGCUCCCAGCACUUCUUGCUCCCCUCCCCUGUGCCAGUCCGGAGCAGGCAGGCGUCCCUGUCCAAGAACAAAGUGGCCCAAAUGAGGGAGAAGCGUUUCACCUUUGUCUUGGCCGUGGUGAUGGGGGUUUUUGUGCUCUGCUGGUUCCCCUUCUUCUUCACCUACAGCCUCCACGCCAUCUGCAGAGAGAACUGCACCAUCCCCGACACGCUCUUUAACCUCUUCUUCUGGAUCGGCUACUGCAACAGCUGCCUGAACCCCAUCAUCUACACCAUCUUCAACCGGGACUUUAGAAGGGCCUUCAAGAAGAUCCUGUUCCACAGCCACAAAGGGACGUGAACGUCAGCGUGGGGCGGGCCGACUCGCCCCCACUCCUGUUUUCACUGUGCUGUCAUAUCGACAUUAAAGGGCUUCUCACACAGA